CACAUCUGGUAAUUGUUGAUGCUGUUGUACACUCUGCUUCAGUGCCACACAGUCCAGUCCAGAUUACUGGUUGGGGGUUAUGACUGACCGGCUCGCAUUAUUAUUAUUAAGCUGCUGCCGGGCUCCAUGGAGUCCUCUCAGUGCGUGUCCUCGGCUCUGGAGCGCUUACCUCUCAACAACGUCGCGCUGAGAAAGCUGCCGGUGGAUGACUCCGAGCAGCCCGGGUCCCGAACCGUGCUCGGGGCGUGUUUCUCAAGGAUUCAGUGUCUCCAGCCCCUGGUCCGCCCCAGCUUGGUGGCCCUGUCCGGGUCUUCGCUGUCUCUGCUCGGACUGAGCGCGCAGGAUGUGUUGAAGGACCCCCUGGCUGCGGAGUAUCUGAGCGGCUCCAGGCUGCUGCCGGGCUCCGAGCCCGCAGCGCACUGCUACAGCGGACACCAGUUCGGGCUGUAUGCGGGUCAGCUGGGCGACGGAGCCGUGAUGUACCUGGGGGAGGUGGAAUGUGGCACCCAUGGGCGCUGGGAGAUUCAGGUUAAAGGCGCGGGUGUCACACCUUACUCGAGAGAUGGCGAUGGAAGGAAGGUGCUUCGCUCCAGCGUCAGAGAGUUCCUGUGCAGCGAGGCCAUGGCUGCCCUAGGGAUACCCAGCACCCGCGCGGCAUCCCUCGUCACCUCUGACCUCUACGUCAGCAGAGAUCCCUUCAACAGCGGCAGCCGCGUUCCCGAGCAGUGCUCGGUCGUCCUGCGCCUCGCACCUUCCUUCAUCAGGUUUGGAUCUUUUGAGAUCUUUCUGGAGAGAGAUGAUUUCUCAGGCCUGCAGGGUCCCAGUGCAGGGCGGCAUGAUAUACGCGCUCAGUUGCUGGACUAUGUCAUCGAGACUUUUUUUCCUCACAUUCAGCAGGCUCAGAGCGACCGGAGAGAUCGGAACGUGGCUUUCUUCAGAGAGGUGGCGAUUCGCACUGCUAAGCUAGUGGCUCAGUGGCAGUGUGUUGGCUUUUGCCAUGGCGUUCUGAACACAGACAACAUGAGCAUCCUGGGUCUUACUCUGGACUAUGGCCCUUUUGGUUUCAUGGACAGAUUUGAUCCAGAUUAUGUCAGCAAUGCUUCAGACAAAAGAAGGCGCUAUUCGUACCAAGCCCAGCCUUCCGCGUGCCGCUGGAACCUGGCUCGCCUGGCUGAGGCGCUGGGCUCCGAGCUCAGCCAAGCGGAGGCAGGAGCUAUCCUGGAUGAAUUCAUGCCCGCAUACGAGGCCUUCUACCUGCGUGGCAUGAGGAACAAGCUGGGUCUUGUGAGAAAGGAAGAGGCGGGGGACAGUGAGCUCAUCUCAGACCUGCUGAGACUCAUGCACAACACAGGUGCAGAUUUCACCAACACCUUCCGCCUGCUGAGUCGUGUCCCCUGGCCAGAGCAGGGUGAUGGUGAGAGGUCCACUGUGGGGUCAGUGGUGGACCUCAUCCUAGAGCAGUGUGCCUCUAUUCAGGAGCUAAAGGUGGCUAACAAGCCAACAAUGGAGGACCGAGAACUGGCGAUGAUUCUGUCCAUGGCACAAACCAACUCAGCCAUGUUUGGGAUGGUGGCAGAAAGUCCAGGUGUGGCCCAGCAGCUGGAGCUAAUGGGCCGGCUAAAGGAGCUCCUGGAAACAGAUGAAGAUGAGCUCAGGGAAAAGCAGCACGAUGAUUGGAUGCGCUGGAUUAGCCGGUACAGGAGGCGUUUAGCACAGGAGUUGGAUGGCACAAGUGACUUGUCUCUGAUUAAAAGUGAGAGGAUCAGAGUGAUGAACAGCACCAACCCCAGAUUGGUCCUACGCAACUACAUUGCCCAGAAUGCUAUUCUGGCUGCGGAAAAAGGAGACUUCUCUGAGAUCACCAGAGUUCUCGAAGUUCUGGAGAAACCAUAUUCUGAUCCUGAGCCAUUUUGUGGACUUCCCGCAUGUGGUGAAGAGGAGCUCCAACAGAGGAGGGGUGCUGUCACCUACGACGGGAAGCCUCCCGCCUGGGCAAAAACAAUCUGUGUCACCUGAUCCUCGUAAAGCCUCUCAGGCAGCUGAAGGAGGGAAGCCUGUUUCCACUGGUGAACCACAGAGGCCACAGACUGCAUGUGGUCUUCUAGUUUCCCAUGUUUCUCUUUGUUUCUAUAUUCUUGAUUUGAGCGGAAAUGUAUUUUUAGUACCACCUAAUUUUUUUCUUUACAUUUCCACCUCAGACUGUUCUCCUUCUCCCUGAAAGGCGGAUGCUUUGGAGCUCUGUGUUUUCCAGUGUUCAUUGGUGCAGAAUUGGUUCAUGGUAUGCCUUGAUUGCAGCAAGUUCCAUCGAAACGAAUCCACAGACUAAGAAACAUUAACAUACUGCAAUACAUACACCACUGAUGCUGCUGAUGAAGUAUGACGACUCAGAUUACCAGUCACAAGUUGAUCUGUCUGGGCCCGAAAAACACCAGGAACACAUGAGCAAAAAAAAACGAAACAAAUUUAGACUAAAGUUAAUUUUAGCAUCAGAAUAGUGGCCACAAAAAUGUUAAUCAUUUACGUUGUAAACCCACUAAUUGGUGGAAUAUCACAAUGAUUUACUUUAAUAAUGAUUAUAUUGUGUGUAAUAACGUUUUGUUUUGCUACAGGCAUAUACAUCACAUUCAGUUUAGGAUAAGUAAAUGUACAUAUGCAUAUCCCCUCCCAUUGGAUUCAACUCAUUCAAUAAAGAUAUCAAAUAAAUAAUUAAAUUUAAAAAAAAAAAAAAGAAAAUCACUUGUAAAAUUUGCUUACCAGCACAUGCAACACACACACACACAAAUAAAUAUAAAUACAUAUAUGGGCCUCUUCGUAGAGUACAAAUCGGAAGUUAAAAGGUCUCAACAUAUUCUGAUGUCAUUCCUGAUUCUGUUGUUAUUAAUUGUCCUGCGUGAUAUGUGAUACUGCUUAAAAAAAAUAAAUAAAAUAAAAAAAACACCCCUAA